AUUAUUCCACGCCAAAUAAUUAGUUAAAUAAAACCCUUUCUGCUCCCCUUACCGAUCGAUCGCCGAUCCUUCUGCCCGGCGAACAACGCCGACUCCGAUGGCUGCCGGCGUUGUCUCCCAGAGGAUAUUCUUCCUCUCCCUGUCGACUUCCUCCCCUUCGUCUUCCUCGACGAAGCCCCCAGCCAGGGUCUCCGUCCCAUCGCUGCCUUUGUGCCCCUCCCGCCGUCGAUGCAUCUCUCUACCCAAGAGAUCCAACAGAAGGAACCGGGGUUCCUUCUUCGCCGCCUCGGUCUUGCCCGAGGAAGAUCUUGAUGUCAUCCCGGUGCAGAGCAGCGACUCGACGGACCAGCAGGACGGGGUCAUCCCCUCCUCCGCGAGGGAGCAGCAGGAGGAGCAGCCCCUUGAGGAGCUUGGCAGCCAAGUCCGGGCCUUGGCUCUCGAAAUCGGCGGCAGAGUCGUUGGCGGCGGUGGAAGUGGUGGUGUUGGCUUCUCUUCCUCUUUGGAGGAUGAGCAAGACAUUGGUAAGUCGCUGAACCGGGCUAUCAACGCUGCGAUUGUUCUUGCCGCUGGGACUUUCGCCAUCUCGAAGCUUCUCACCAUCGACAGCGACUAUUGGCAUGGUUGGACAUUAUAUGAGAUACUUAGGUAUGCACCAUUGCAUAACUGGGUCGCUUAUGAACAAUCUUUGAAAACACAUCCAGUUCUCGCCAAAAUGCUGAUAAGUGGUAUUGUUUAUUCUCUAGGCGAUUGGAUUGCCCAGUGCUAUGAAGGAAAACCACUAUUUGAAUUUGAUCGAGCUCGCAUGUUCAGAUCUGGACUUGUAGGAUUUUCUCUUCAUGGGUCACUUUCUCAUUAUUAUUAUCACUUCUGUGAGGCACUUUUUCCUUUCCAAGACUGGUGGGUUGUACCUGCUAAGGUGGUGUUUGACCAGACUGCAUGGUCUGCCUUAUGGAAUAGUAUCUACUAUAUAGUAUUGGGCUUCUUGCGGCGUGAAUCACCAGCAAAUAUCUUUAGUGAAUUGAAGGCUACAUUUUGGCCGAUGUUAACUGCAGGGUGGAAGCUUUGGCCUUUUGCACACUUGAUCACUUAUGGUGUUGUUCCAGUUGAACAGAGACUUCUUUGGGUGGAUUGCGUGGAGCUAGUAUGGGUGACUAUCCUCUCAACGUACUCGAAUGAGAAGUCUGAAGCAAGAAAUUCUGAAGCGACUUUGGAGUUGAACGCAGAACCAUCAUCCCAUGUUCCUGAGGAAUUGACAAAAAGUCAAGAAAGGUAGCUGUUGUUGGAUGGAAUGCUGGCAGAAUAACCAGCUGAGGCAACAAGUUACGUAGCCAUAUUCCGCAUGUAUAUAUAGUCCCUUUGAAUCUAGUUUCGAACUAGCAGUCGUAAUGCCAUAUGUUCACACGUUUACAAUUGGUGGAUCUUACUGUGUUUUUUAUUUUGAUUUUUAUUUUUUUUUGUGUGUUGGGUUGAAUUCCCUUCUUCCUUGCACACAAUUUCCCUAUCUUUGUAAUGGCAAUUGUGCAAAGUAAUGUCAUUAGUCUUGAUUGAA